GUUGGUUGUGGUGGUCAUCUUGAUCCAGUCGAUCACGACCGCAGCCGCACAGUCUGUGAUUGUGACGUCGGCCGAUUCGAACAAUGCCGGACGCUAUUCCGUCCAUCCGCCAGACUCUGCCGAUCGUCUCGUUGCUCCGAAAUUCGUUGUUACGGCAGCGUCGAUCCUUCGUCCCAACACGAUUUAUCGCGUGCACGUGGUCGUGUUGCCCGGCUCUCCGGACUUGGUUUUAAGGCGUUGAUUACCAAAGGCAAUGGCGAACACGUUGCGUCCGACCGCACUCAGUCGGCCGAGGCUGGUUCCAGCAACAACCUCUUGCUCAAAAUUCCGGCUUCGCUGACAGAUGGCGAUUAUCGAUUGAAAUUGGAGGGUUACGAUCCGAUGCAUCCGCAAAAGGCCGUCGUCAUUAAAGAGAGUCGGCUCGUGUUCCAGUCUGAUUUCUUGUCCAUCGUCGUCCAGUCUAAUCGCAAAUUCUUCUGCAACGACAUGACCGUUCGAUUCCGGGUAUUGCUGACGCAAAUGAAUUUGAAACCGUACACGGAUCCCAUCACUGUCUCCAUCGUGGAUCCUCAAGGAUUUGUUAUGCGUCGCUGGCCAGCUCGCAAUCCUACCAACGGCGUGGCUUCAUUAACGUACAAAUUAUCGCCGAACCCGAGCGUCGGCAAUUGGACGAUCCGCGUCGAGGCCAUGUCGCAGGUCCACGAGCACAACAUCCAAGUGGAACAUUAUUACAUCCCGUUCUUCGAAGUGAUCCCCAUUGGGCCGGCUUUUGUGCCCGAGUCGGACGAGACGUACGGCGUUGCCAUGACAACGUCCUUUCAUCAAUCGUUCGUCCUCAGCGGCAAUUUAACUAUCGAAGUGUACGCCCGUCCGGCCAACGCGUCCGCAGCUCAUUUCCAAUUCAUUACGAGCGAACAUUUUCCUUGGAAUCACGAUUUCACGUACGAUGUGAAUUUGAAUGACGUCCGAAAUCGUUUGGGUGUUGGAACGUUGGCCGAUUGGGUUAUCCGAGUGAGGUCGAUCUUGCACAGCCAUUUCAUGGGGGAAACCCGCGAUGGGCAUGUCGAGACUCGCAUCAUCCGAUCGCGUCUGAAAUUUGCAUUUGCUGGCGCCCAAACGGCUGUUUUCAAGCCGGGAAUGCCGUUCGAGGGCGAUGUGUAUCUCAUGUACGACGAUGGCCAUCCCCUGGCGCCGGACAAAUUGGCCGGUGCUACUCUAACCAUUCGACCCGUCGUCACGUCCGUAAAUGGCCAGAUGAAAAUGCUGCCGGACAUUGUCGUGCCGGCCAAAGAUCACGAAGCACGUGCGAAUAAAUUGAGCAACGAGUUCGACGAAUGGAUGGAACUGCAAGUGGAAAACGUUCAUUUUAAUCGAUUUCGCCAAACGGGCGUCCACCAUUUCCUUAUGUCUGUGCCGAAAGACGCCAAGACGAUGCGAAUCACAGCCACGUACAAGGACGAGCAAGGCGAUGAAGCGACGGCCGAGUUGGAAGCCGUUGCUUUCUAUUCGCACAAUGACAUGUACGUCCAUGUGGCCACCAGCACCGAAUAUGGCCAGCUCGGUGAGAAUGCCGUCCUUCAUUUGCGUAGCAAUUUCGGCUUUCAGCUUUACAGUUACGUGGUGGUGUCGAAAGGGUUGGUCAUUUACGGUGGCACGGAGAGUCAUCCUCAUCCGACUAAACUGCUGACGUUUUCCAUUCCCGUCUCUUGCGACAUGGCGCCCACUUUCAAGUUGAUCGCCAUGGUCGUCACGCCCACUGGCGAACUCUUGGCAGAUUCCAUCACCAUCCCCGUCGAGAGCUUUAACCGUUACAAGGUGAACUUGACGAUGGUGCAGACGAAAGAUCAUUCGAAAGAGACGGUCCAGUUGGUGACGAGGACGCGUCCAGGAUCGUUUGUUGGAGUUUCGCUUCUUCGCAUCAUGAAUCACAUGUACCAGGCGGAUAAUGAGCUGACACCAAGUCGUGUGCUUAAAGCUCUUUAUAAAUUGGAGCCGUUUACUAAGUCUGUGCAUAAAGUGACGUGGACAGAUCGUGAAGGAGUGAAACCUGAUCGGACUGAAUAUUUUAAAGGAGCUAAUCCAGGAGCGGACACGAAACGGACGAUGGAUCAAGCUGGACUAUUGGUUUUCACUGAUGCCGUUGUCGGCCAAUAUCCCGAAACUGUUCAUUGUGAUGCAACCAAUGGUUACGAGUCGUGCAUGGCUGUUGGAUGUUUCCGCAAAGAUCAACGAUGUGAUGGCAAAUCGGAUUGCGUCGAUGGAUCAGAUGAAGACGACUGCAAGUCUCUCUCACAUUUCAAUCGAAAUUCAAUUAUUGAUAAUGACUUUACUCAGGUGUUUUGGAUGAUGACGGAUUUCUACGAUUGGCUCGAUGGCGAUUGGGCCUGGUUCGAUAUUCCCACAACAGAUGACGGUGUCGAGUUCAGCGAUCGUGAGGUCACCGUCACCGAUGAAAUUUGGCAUCUCAACGCGUUCAGUUUUCAUCCCGAACUCGGUUUCUCUAUGCUGGAAGAAACUGUUGUGUACGAUGGAUCGCCACCUUUUUUCUUUACGGUCGAAUCUCCCAGUUUCAUCCGACGUGGAGAAACCCCUGGCCUGCGUUUAAUGGCCGUUAACUUGCUCCAGGAAGAAGUGACGGCCAUUAUCGUUUUGGAAGCGUCUGAUGAUUACAAGUUUGUUGAGACUGGACCUGCUGGUGAAGUGGAACAUUAUCACCCACAACUUGACGGUGGAGAGAGGCACCACAUGAUCGCUGUCAAGCCGCAGUCAUACUGGGAAGUUUAUGUGCCAGUUGCUCCUCAAGUGGACCAAGGUGUAAUUACAAUCAAAUUGCAGACUGUCAGUCAAAUUAAUCGGCAGGAUUUCGAAAUCGAAUUGGAGAUUGUGCCCGAAGGUGCAACAAUCAGCAGACACACUUCCCUUCUCUUGGAUUUGAAGAAUCGAGCCCACGUGUUACGAUUUCUCGAUAUUCCAGUAGAAGAAUCUCCAAUUAUUCCUUACUCGAAAAACCGUCGUUAUGUUUUCGGAAGUCCUCGCGCUUCUGUCACUUUAUGUGGCGAUGUGUUUGGCCCGGUGUUUCCAUCGACGCCCAUCACGACCGAGUCUUUACUAAGCCGAUCUCUACGUGGAACAGAAGCGAAUUUAUUCAAUUUGGCAACCACUUUAUGGAGUCUUCAUUACCUGCGAUUGACCAAUCAAUUGCAAUCAGAUGUUUUAUAUAGUGGACUGAACGACAUGAACGUUCAAAUGGCAGAACUGAUGCGUUUGUACCAUCGCGAUGGAUCGUUCCGUGCCCACACCAACUCGAAACCCACCGUUUGGGUCACGGCUUGGGUGGUUCGAAUCUUGGGCCAGUCGCAAUUUCAAGACUGGGAAAAUCAUUUCUACGUCGAUCGGCGAUUGUUGGCCAGCUCCGUUAAAUGGAUUGUGAGCCAUCAAACGAGCGAUGGCAGUUUUCAUGAGCCAGAAGAUCUUGUUGAAUUACGUCAAGAGACUGGCAAUGUUACGCAUCAUAAGGUGGCCCUCACGGCCCACGUUCUCAUUGCAUUGAUGAAAUGCAGUGAAAGCCUCGAAGGAGCGUUAAGAGUCACUGUGGCAACAGUCGAAGCGAAUGCAGUCAAUUUUCUAGAAAGAAGCAUAUCUCAAUUAAGCGAUCCUAGUGAAGUGGCCAUUGUUACCUACGCCCUGUCGAUGGCCAACACCCCCACCAAAGAAACCACGUUUUAUUUGCUACACGGAAUGAGGCGUGAAAAUGGGGAAAUGGUGUACUGGUCGAGAGAGCCCGUACCGUCCAAUCCUAUUCUCUACGAGAAUCAGAGGCCUUUCCUCCAGCCCCGUUUGCCCAUGCAUCAAGACGCUGUGGCUGUUGAGGCCACAUCGUACGCUCUGCUCGUCUAUUUAGCACGUGAUGGCAUCGGUGAUUUGCAAGAGAGGGUCGUCAGUUGGCUCAACACGAUGCGCAUGGUGGAUGGUGGAUUCGUCUCUAUCUACGACAGCAUCGUGGCUAUGGAGGCUCUUACGGAAUACGCGUAUCGUGCGCGUUUACGUGACAUCACCGACAUGACCAUCGCUGUGGAAGCGUCCGCUUCGAAGAUUGGCGAUCCUAUGCACAUAUCCAGCGAAAGCUUGUCCACCAUCCAUCGAAUAGAUAUUACAAACGUGUGGGGUCACGUGAAUGUCAUUGGCCGCGGUGCUGGCCAGGCUGUUUUGCAAUUGAAAGUGCAGUACGGCAUCGAUUCGGACGAGCUGAAAGACACUCCAAAAAGGCGUUACUUUGAUUUGCAUAUCGACGAAACGUACAGCCACUUCCGUAACAAAUCUCACGUCACUACCGAAGCUUGCGUCAGAUGGAUGGCCGUUGAUGAAACUACAACGAGCGGUCCAGCCACGUUAGAAGUCGAAAUUCCAUCGGGCUACAUGUUCCUGCAAUCUGAUGCCAAUGAGUUGGUCGUCAGCAACAACUACACGUUCAUUAGCGAUGUGUUUGUCGGGCACGACAAAAUUGUUUGGAUCUUUGAUAAAGUUGGCCAGGAGCUCCUUUGCAUCAAAUAUCCGGUCCAUCGGUGGUUCCCCGUGGCUAAUCUAACGUUACAUCGUUCGGCAAUUGUUUACGAGUCGCACAAACCCGAACAUUUUGAAAUGGUUGUGUUCAAUUCUACACCACUCUACGUGCUGGACAUUUGCGAAGUGUGCGGUAGCUUCCAGUGUCCGUAUUGCCCUUAUUUUAGUAGGGCGCCCGUCUCUGUUGAAUCUCCGUUCAUUCUGUUCGCUUCUCUUUCCGUCAUUCACUUUCUAGCGAGUUGUCAUCAACUCACCUAUGCAAAUGAUGUAGCGUAG